GAAAGAUCUAAGCACAUGUAUGAGUCAAUCUGGGCCCUCAAUCUACAACCACAAGAGGAGGAGGAAAGGGGGAAAACAACAAGAAAAGAAAUGAUCGCUGCCCCCGUCUCUGGCGACAUCCCGACCGGAGCGCCGCCGUCGCCAGCUCCGGCGGCGGAGGACUCUCCGCCGUACGGCUCCGUGGUCCUAGGAGGCACCUUCGACCGCCUCCACGACGGCCACCGUCGCCUCCUCAAGGCCUCGGCAGAUUUGGUGAGGGAUCGGAUCGUGGUGGGCGUCUGCACGGGCCCCAUGCUCGCCAAGAAGGAGUACGCUGAGCUUAUCGAACCCGUGGAGAAGCGCAUCAAGGCCGUGGAGGAUUACAUCAAGUCUAUUAAACCAGAACUGAUAGUACAAGUGGAGCCUAUUGAGGAUCCAUAUGGCCCAUCCAUUAUUGAUGAUAAGCUGGAUGCCAUUAUUGUCAGCAAGGAGACACUAAGUGGUGGACUUGCUGUAAAUCAGAAAAGAGAAGGGAAAGAACUGCCAUUAUUGAAGGUUGAGGUUGUUGAUCUUUUAUCUGGAGAUACCGAGGGAGAAAAAAUGAGUUCAUCUGCUUUAAGGAAGCUUGAGGCUGCACAAGCUCAACAACAGAAAGCAACCAUAGCUAAUCAGAAAGGUGUUUAGAGAGGAAACAUACUGGAAUCUUGAGCUGCAUACAUAAAUUUGAAGUGGUCCGCUGAAGCUUGUUAUCAACAAAAAGUAAUUAGAAAUGGCAUUUUGCCUUCCUAUUUGAAUGAGAAUGGUCUUCAAACGUCGACCUAUGGCCCUGUAACACUAUAUUGCUCUACUCUGAAGGGUAUAAACUUACAAAGUCAAUGUUGGUAAGCUAGACUAACCAAAUGUACACAUAUUUUGUCCUGGCAUUGCCAUCUAGUUGUAAAGUCACCUUGAGGUCGUUUGGAAUAAUGGUAACCAACUAAAUGAAUCCGGUGCCUCUUCUGUGA